AUGAAGCAAUCCAUUCUCUUGUUGGCCGCCUCGGCCGCUCACAUGGCCUUCGCCAAGCCCGUCAAGUCCUGCUCAGCCAAGCCGCGUAGCACCACCGUCCUCACCUUCUACGUCACCCCGACCUACGGAGGCCCGACCAUGACCCCCAUCCCGACGGCGCCGGUCGUGCAACCUACUCCCGUCGAACCCCCCGUCGAGAGCUCCGUCGAAAGCUCCGCCCCCGUCGAGACUCCCGUUCAGAUGCCAUCGGUCAUCGCAACGACCGCAUCGGCCUCGGCUACCGUGGUGGAGCAGGCUGCCCCAUCGUCGAGCAGCAGCAGUGCCAGCACCCCGGCCUCAUCCUCGACGCCGAUCGGCAGUGGUGGAACCAAGCAGGGCAAGUCGACCUUUUACGGCGGUAACACCUCUGGCGGCAUGUGCUCCUUCUCGACCUAUACCAUCCCCUCCGGCCUCUACGGCACUGCCUUCUCCGGCCAGGCUUGGGAUUCUGCCGCUCACUGCGGUGCUUGCGUCAAGGUCACUGGACCCAAUGGCAACAGCAUCACAGCCAUGGUUGUAGACCAGUGCCCCGAGUGCGACGAGGGCCACCUCGAUCUGUUCCAGGAUGCCUUCACGCAGCUCGGAACCGUCUCCGAGGGCAUCAUUUCGACUUCGUACGAGUUUGUUGAGUGCGGUAUCACUUCGCCGAUCAAGCUCCACAACAAGACUGGCACUUCUGCCAACUGGUUCUCCAUGCAAGUGCUGAACCACAACGAGCCCGUGGCGAAGCUCGAAGUCAGCACGGAUGGCGGAAGCACUUGGCAGGCGACCAACCGCCAGCCGUACAACUUUUUCGAGAACUCGAGCGGUUUCGGAACCGAGACCGUCGACGUUCGCGUCACGAGCGAGUCGGGAAAGACUAUCACUGUCAACAGCGUCAGCGUCGCCGCCGAUUCCGAAAAGGAGGCGUCAUCCAACUUCUAA